AUGACGAAUGUUUGCAGCAUCAUCUCCACUUCAUACCAGAGGAUGAAGAAGGAAGCGCUAGUCAAUCUCUGUCAGCUCAGAGGGAUUGAUGGAGCGGACCGGACAAAGGACUUCCUUGUACGUGCGCUGCAGGCGGAUGAUCAAGGGAGGACAGGCAUGACAACCCAGCCAGAUGGCAGUCCUUUCCAGCUGGUCUGUGAGAUAAACCCAAGGCCUGCCUCUCCUGCCGGUGAGUACUCUGAGCAGAGUACCACCUCAGAAGGACUGCCCUCAUCCAUGCAGGCUGCGCUGGCCUGCCUAGGUGACUCGGAUGCUAAACUUCGUUUUCAACUCAUCCUAGAGUACCAGAAAGCCGUUGAGUGCCAAGCUGAGAGGGAAGCCGCAGAGCGCCAAGCUGAGCGCCAACUGAAGCUGGAGUUAGCGCGGCUCGACCGGGGCAUUGCAUCACCAGCCCCCACAGAAACCAGAGAGGUAAGUCAACCAAUGCCAUCUUUUGACAAGUUCCCCAUGAUGGAUGAGAGGUCAGGGGUUGAUAGAUUCUUCAGGAGCUUUGAAAAGGUGUGUCUCCAGUAUCAGCUCCCCGACAUCCAGUGGGCAAAAUAUCUCACUCCAGGCCUGAGAGGAAAGGCACUGGAUGUUUUUGCUGACCUGCCUAUGGACUGUGAUGGGGACUAUGCUAAAAUCAAAGCGGCCAUAAUCAAAAGCUACAACCUCACCCCUGACAUGUACCGGAAACGGUUCAGGACUCUGCAGCGUGGCCCCACUGACAGCUACACUGAUGUCCUGGGUGGCCUGAGAUCUGCCUUUAAAGGGAAUCUGGUGCCCGGCCACCGCAAGCUGAGUCCUAGUUGGAAGAGCCCCAAGUCCAGCUUGCCUCGUCUGUCUGCAGCCAACCAAAUGCCCGCUGGGGAAAACACCCACCCCUCUGGUGCAAAACCCUCAACUGCAGAUGUCUGGCGCUGCUAUGUGUGCAACAAGACCGGCAAUAUCAGCCUCACCUGCCCAGACAAGAAGAAAUCCGGGCCGCCGAGGAAACCCUCCAGUUCACCCCCUGACAUGUAUUGUGUGGCCACCCAGCCAAAUCCCCAUGCUGAUAACCUACAACCUGUUAAAAUUGGAGAAAAUACUGGCGCACAGCUGACCCUUGUGCGUCCUGAGCUGGUGGACCCCCAAGACAUCCUUCCCGGAAAGACCACGAUGGUCACAGUGAUUGGGGGAGUUAGCCCUACUGUCCCCAUGGCUUGUGUGUACCUAGACUGGGGUGCAGGGUGCAGCCUGAGAGAAGUGGGGUUGUCAGACUCCAUCCCUGCUAACGUUCUGCUGGGCACUGACUUGGGCCGCAUGACUUCCCAAUAUGAACCGGCUUCUACCCCCACCGACCCUGCCUCGUCCCCCCUGCCGGUGGACCAGGGACCCUUGGGAGAGGACUUUGGGCAAGGAUUGGGGGUGAACCAUUGUGUUUUACCUAACCAUGUUUUUUCCACAGAGGAGAACGCCGGACAGACACCUGUCUGUCCCCCACCGGCUUCCCAGAUGAAUGAUGAUGGUGAUGCACUUGAGUUAAAUGAUACCAUUGACCGGGGCGCCCCUGUACCCUUCAUAGCAGUUGUGACUCGACAGAAGAGUGCCCAGAAUGCUGCUGAGGAGGAUACGGGGAACUUGAUUGGAUACAGCUCCCCCACCUCCUCUCCCUGA